GCAGCUUCCAUCCCGCACGAGUCUACCGCGUCCUUCGAGCUUUCCUUCUCGCACUUCGGCGAGACGCUUUCGCGAGUUUUCGCGCACCGCGAGUUUCCGGCGCGCCAGUUUUCCACACGCAGGUUUUCGGCGCGCUCGUGGAGAAAUGUCCCUCUCUCUCGUCAAAUUUCUAUUUCGCCGCGGAGACUUCUCACGUUCGCAACUCUCAUGCUCCCGUAGAGUUUUGUUUCGAUAGUUUUUUUUUUCCGAAAGUUUUUCUCGUGCUUGCGAAUUUAGAAGAAUCCCGUUCUUAUCAAUUUUUUGACGGUAAUGUCGCUGUUGGCAAGAAUCCGUUUAAUCGUCGGAAAAGUGUGAGAGAAGUGCUCGAAACCAACCAAAUAAAACAAAUCCAAGGUGGUGAUUAGUAUUGUGACGUGCUAAUGACUUGCAUCUUGAGAUCCGAAGAAAGGAAAGAUCAAUGUGAAUCGAAGGGAUCGAGAAGUCUAAUGAGGAUGCUGUGCCUUGAGAAAGGGAUGAACUGAGCAUGAUUGAUGACCGCAACGACUGCCUGGUCGGUUCGAGGCUGCAACCGAGAUCGUCGGAGCGCCGGUAUAUCCGGGGUUGGAGCCGCGCCGCGAGCGAACCGAACCCUGGAAAAGUUAGCAGGUCCAAGAUGACCACGAUUUAGAUGAAAAUAACCGAGCGGCAAUAAUUUUGGCCGCGGGUGCUUCGUCGCCGGCGAGCGGAGAGAAGCGAGGGACGGCCGACAGUAGGAUUCGCCGUCGCGUUCCAGCUAUUUAAUCGAUUGCAGAAUGCAACGGCAUGCGUCGUAGCGGCGCGCGUGAAGCGAGAUGCUGAAGGAAGUCGGCUGCGGUAGCACCACACCCCCGCCGGGGGACGGAGGCGGCGGGGCGAACGGUCGGCAGAUCGGUGCGAACGAGAGCAGCGGCGGCGGGGGCGGCGGGGGCGGUAUCACCGAGGGUGUCCUGAGUUGCGGCGGCUGCGGAAGGGAGAUCGCCGAGCGUUGGUACCUAAGGGCUGCCGAUCGCGCAUGGCACUGCGGCUGCCUGCGCUGCUGUCACUGCCGGGUCCCCCUGGCCGCCGAGCUCACCUGUUUCGCCAGAGACGGUAACAUUUACUGCAAAGAGGAUUACUACAGAUUAUUCGCGGUGUCCCGGUGCUCCCGAUGUCGCGCCGGCAUUUCCGCCUCGGAGCUGGUGAUGCGAGCGCGCGAUUUGGUGUAUCAUGUGGCGUGUUUCACUUGCGCCUCGUGUGGCACCCCGCUGAACAAAGGCGAUCAUUUCGGCCAGCGUGACGGACUGGUGUAUUGUAGACCACACUACGAGUUGCUGUGCUGCGCCGGCGACUACGGGGGUGCCGCCGGCGGCAUCGAGGACCUCGGCUCGCCGGGGGUGUCGCCGCUACCGGCUUACUACGAGCAGAGCGGGAUUGCCGCAACCGGCGCGGUGCAGAAGGGCCGGCCGCGGAAGCGGAAGCUGUCGGAAGUCACCGGCUCCGAGCUUCCCGUCACGAUGAGACUGGCCGCUGGAGCGCUCGAACUGCUGCACCCCACGGAGCUGUCCUCGUCGAUGGAGUCGCUGGCCGCGUACGACGCGUCCGUGGGCUCCCCGGGACCGGUGCACCAGAACCAGCGGACGAAGCGUAUGCGCACCAGUUUCAAGCACCAUCAGUUGCGAACCAUGAAGAAUUACUUCGCGAUAAAUCAGAAUCCGGACGCCAAGGAUCUCAAGCAACUCGCGCAGAAGACCGGUCUAUCGAAAAGGGUGCUGCAGGUGUGGUUCCAAAACGCGCGCGCGAAAUGGCGACGGAACCUGAUGCGGCAGGACGGUAGCAACGCCGGUAGCAACAUCGGCUGUUCCGGCACGGCAGUGUCCUCCAGCACCGGCAAUUCUCCAAAUGUCGGGCCGGCCGCCAUGCUCAGCGACAGCAACAGCAUGCCCUCGACCUCGAUGGAGGAGUUACACGCCCUUCAUCAGCUGCACUCAGGCGUUUCCUCUCAGGUCUCCUUUUCCGACAUCUACUGACGACGGCUUGAAAUGGAAGAGGACGCAUACAGUAGCCUCUCCAGCCAUCUUGGAUGAGGGAUUAUCGCACUUCCUCGUGAGCCGACGAGGAACUCGGCAAGUCGAUGACACGGUGGUCUUAGCAAGAAAUCUCUCUGAUGAACAUUGACGUCGCUGACGUAUCGUGGCAGUGGUCAUUUAAGCCUGGUCUUACUUUCAAAAGUCUAGAGUGUGAUCCUUGCUAGUCUUGAGAACAAUUACUUAAAUUUCGCGGAAGUCGAAAUGCGGUUUAAUCUCGUGCGGGAAAUAAACUUUGACCGCGAGAUCGGUCAAGAUUAAAUACCUGGCCUUCCACCAAGAAUUGGACGAAACCGUAUUGACGAAGGAAGUGACUCGUCCGCGGAGGACUUUCCCGAAGGCAGCCUAGUCAGAUAGAAUCUAGCGGGUAAUUUCAAGGACGAUUAUGGUUAAAUAAUCAGUGAUAAUAAUCAUAGUUCCAUGCACAUCCGAAUUACCAAUGAUUACUAGACGAGAAUAGUAAUAAUGUAAUCUAGGUACGUAUGCAAAGAGGGUGUUUCAUUAGCGAUUGUAUCGAUAAUUAACGACGAAAUUUCGGGCACUGUUCGACAUAUGGGGUGUUCCAGAAAGAUGUAUACCAGAUACGUGGCAGACAUAUCUAAAGAAAUUUAGAAGAAAAUUUUCUUAAUAAACUUUUAAUGCGAUUGAAUGUUUAAUUUUGAUGUUCUAUUUAUAAGAUAUUAGAUAUUAUUAGAUAUAUCGCGCACGAUUGAUACUUGAGGUAUAAAGUAAUUAAAAAUUUAGAAUUUUCGAAAAUCUUUUUACAUCUUCGAUGUAACAUUUAGCGAGCAUUCUUAAGAAUUUGAAACUUUAGACGUGGGGUGAAAAUAUAUUUUUAGACAUCCAAGUAGUUGCCAGACGAUAUUUGAGUAUUUCUAACGAUUUGUCGGUGUUUUUAAUGAGAUCUGAAAAUCUUCGUAAGUUUCAAGAAAAUCGCACAAAGAAUUUUUUGAACAUUGUUCAAAUUGUAUGUUUUAUAAAAUAUAUCAAGGCUUUCUCUCUAGUUAAAAUGUUGUAAAUUGUAAAAUGUUGUAAGUGUUGUAUGUAUGCAACUGUUUAGAACACCCUAUACGAUGUCGCAAGGGCCGCUAAAUUAAAUGAAGACUCGCCCAUGCGGACGGACACGUACAUUACAUGUGCAAUCACGUAGGGAAAUUAUUUAAUUUGUCCUCAUUGAUUUUAUACGAGACUUCGCGCGCGACUAACUUUUAUCGACUUCGCGCUAUUACUAAUUGGCCAAAGUGUUAAUCAGUUGAAUACUGAUUAAUUGAACUUAUAAUCAGGCGGUGAUGAUUGGCAACAUGUUAAAUGUAGUUUUAUAAUUUCAUCAUUGCUAAAAGGCAAAAAUUGCAAAAUAAAAUUGAAUCUAAUAAAUAAAAUUAUGCAAAGCUCGAUAAAAUUGUAGGCGAGUGUCUAUGAAUUUUAUAUUAGCGGCGUAAACGUACGAAAGUUUUUCUUAAAAAAAAAAAGGAAAAACGGCGUUCCUCUGCUCGUGCCAAAAAACUUAAAUUAGCUAAGAAAGAAAAAUUUUUUAACGAGCUGCUGGAAUUCAAAGGGCAUAAUAUAUUUUUGCAAUCCGCGGUGCCGAAUUACCGCAUGCCAUUCGGAGGACGAGAUAUUUCGCCUUGAUCAAGCCUUUCACAUUAUGCGUUCUUGCAUUCACGUUUCCCCUCCAAAUCGUCAUCUUUGAAUUCGAGCAGUACGAAGGCACACACAUACGCACGUGUUUUGACGCAAGUUUGACGCAAUCCCGCGCACGUGGUUGCGUAAUGAAGAUUAGAUUGUUACGAGUUCGUGAAAUUUUAAUUACGUUGAAUCUCUCGGGCGUAUACAUAGUGCGUCAUAGGAACUUGAUUUAAUAUUUUUUCUGAUAUUCAAAUAUGUGAAAUUUGAAAUAUUGGAGAAUUAUUCAAGUUAAACAUUGAUGCCAUUGAUUAAUCAUUUUGUUUCUUCCGGUCUUUCUUUCAAUCGUCGAUAACGUCUUUAUUUUCUGUUUAUAUUUUUAACAUUUAAUUCAAAACUAUACUUGAGGGACAAGGUAACAACAAGGUUUUGCGAAAACUUGGGAGUAUGUUGUUGAGAGCAUCAGAGUGGCAAUUUAAUUAUAUAUGACUGAUAUCUAAACAUUAAUUUAAUAAACUUAUUCAUAACGUCUACAUAACUUUGCAAAAAUUAAUAACAUUUUAGAAGAAAAUGCAUUACAUCGUAUCGUUUUCCAUGCAUUUGUACACUGCUACAUUUAUAUCCUUUAUUUCACCUUUAUUUCACGUUUAAAAUAAAGUGAGUCCAAAUACUUUACGGGCAUCUCUUACGACGUCUCUUGUCAUGUAAUGCUCGGCAGGGAAAAUCGAUAGGUCGCACGUUAGAUAAUGUGUAGCAUAGCGAUCAUUAAGCGUACAUGUUAAAGAGCGAAGCAAUUAUUUCCAACUCUGUAGACAAAUUAAUGUGCUACGUUCGAGUGCAACUAUUAUCGCAUAAUAAAUAGUUACAUACGUCUCGACUCAGA